AGGCGGGGGGCGGGGGGCGGUGCAGCGCCGUGCGCCCAGUCCCAGCGGCCGCAGGCUCCGAGCAACUGUAGCAACGUUCGGUAGCGGUGUCGCAACGUUCCGCGGCGCUGUCACCGCGUUCGCCCGCUGCUGUUUCCUCGCCUUGCCCUCGCCAGGAUCAUGUUGGGCCUCGGCAGCAAGCUGGGCCAAGUCCGGGUGGCCGCUGCACGCUGCCUCGUCCCCGGACUGCAGGAUAAGUUACUUCAAGUUACAUACGGUGGAGCAAGUCAGCAGCUCCGGUUGUCGAGCAAUGGAGCCAGACCAGCUGCACGUAGCAUUUCCUGGGAAUCCAGGCGCUGGCUCCACAGAUCUGUAGGAACAUCCACAGGACCCCAGCAGAAACAUGGCACAUUUUACGAAUUUCGCACAUACAAUAUAAAGCCAGGCAAGAUGGCUGACUUUUUAAACCUUACAGAAGAUAAGAUUCACCUGCGUACUGCCAUAUCAGAAUUGGUUGGCUACUGGUUUAUGGAGUUUGGGAAUAUGAAUGAAGUCUUUCAUAUUUGGAAAUAUGGCAGUUACAAGGAGCGAACUGCAGUGAGAAGAUCUUUAAUGCAGGAGAAGGAAUGGCAACAUGAUUAUAUUUCAAAAAUGAUGCCAAUGCUCAACCAUCAGAUCAGCGAAGUCACCUACCUGGUGCCUUGGGCACAGAUGCAUACAUCGUCAAAACCAGGUGUAUAUGAAUUAGUAAGUUACCAGAUGGUGGCAGGCGGGCCUGCUGUGUGGGGAAAGGCCUUCCAGAAAGCCUUGAGCGCACAUGACCAUGUUGGAUAUUGCAAACUAAUUGGCGCAUUCCACAGUGAAUUUGGCCAGCUCAACAGAGUCCACGCCCUCUGGUGGCAUGAGGACUGCGAUGCACGGGCAGCUGGAAGGCACAGAGCGCACGAGGAUGUCAGGGUGGUGGCAGCAGUGAGGGAUAGUGUUAACUACCUGGUAUCCCAGAACAACAAACUCCUUGUUCCUACGUCUUUUUCGCCUCUGCAAUGAUGCCAUCCUGUUAUUCAAGUCAUCCUACAGAAUUCCAGAGUGUCUGAUGAAGGGUCCCGAAUCGAAACGUGCUCGUGUCUAUUUCUCUCCAGAGAUGCUGUCUGGCCCGCUGCGUUCCUCCAGCAAUUUGAUUUUUGCUCAUGAAUGCUUUCGUUAUUCCUUGCUUUUAUUUUAUAUAUAUUUUUUAACAAGUCAGUACUGGUUAAAUUAAAAAAUCAACUUCAAA